AUGAGAAAGCUGAAGUUCCACGAACAAAAGUUGCUGAAGAAGGUCAACUUCUAUGACUGGAAGUCGACAACAAAUGUUCGGGAAUCGGCUUUGCUUCAAAAGUACCAGAUCGAGAAUCGGGAAGACUUCACGAAGUAUCACAAGCUAGCAGGUCUUGUGACAAAAGUGGUGGCGAAGCUUCGCAAACUGAAGGCUUCGGACGAAGACCGUAUCAAAAUGACAGAGAUACUUCUCGACAAGCUCUACUCACUGGCUCUUAUCCAGAACAAGCAGAGUUUAGAGGAUUGUGUGGACUUGCACACCUCCAGAUUCUGCAGACGGCGCCUUCCUGUCAUCCUUGUCAAGAUGAAGCUGUGCGAAAACCUCCCCCAAGCCAUCGCGUACAUUAAGCAGGGCGAGAUUCGGAUUGGCCCGGACUUGGCUACCAAUCCGGCUCUUCAUGUCACGCGCGAAAUGGAGGACCACAUCACUUGGGCUGAGGGUUCAAAGAUGAGGCGUCACAUCAAAGAGUUCAGCAAUGAGGUCGACGACUUCGACCUCCUGGGAAAUUAG